CAUCCCCCACACGGUGGCCGUCUCUCCGGGUGAAAGCUGUCUUCCUAGCGCCAGUGGCCGAGCAGAACCAGUCCGCACCGACCAACCGAACGCACUCAGCACACGAAGGAGUCUUUAUUUUCGAGUGGUUUCGAUUUGCAUAUCCACUUCCUCAUUUGCAUACAGCAAGAAUGGCGAGCGGGCAUCCCACAGAAAAAUUCAGUUUCAUGUACCAACCAGACACGCACAAGAGCAAGAACAGGUUAUCUUCAGCCAUGAAUCCCGUCUACAGCCCCGUUCAGCCUGGCACUCCAUACGGAAACCCCAAGAACAUGGCCUUCACAGGCUAUCCUGGAGCUUAUCCUGCCACGGCCCCCACCUAUACACCCAACCUCUAUCAAACAGGAAGUCCUGGGUAUCCACCAGGAUAUACUUCAGCAGGAACUCCAUACAAAGUACCCCCCACCCAGUCAAAUGGAGCACCUCCUCCUUACACCCCUACGCCCACCCCAUACCCGACAGCCAUGUACCCCAUCCGCAGUGCCUAUCCUCAGCAGAACAUAUACGCACAGGGAGCUUACUACACUCAGCCAGUGUACGCAGCUCAGCCACAUGUGAUCCAUCACACCACCGUGGUGCAGCCCAACAGCAUCCCCUCCACAGCGCUCUACCCCGCCCCCGUCCCCGUCCCCGCUCCUCGCAACAACGGCAUGGCGGCCAUGGGAAUGGUGGCCGGGACGACUAUGGCCAUGAGUGCAGGGACCCUGUUGACAACACCCCAGCACGCUCAGAUUGGAGCACAUCCAGUUACGGUGCCAACCUACAGGCCCCAAGGGACACCUGGUUACAGCUACGUACCACCUCACUGGUAGAGCCCGCCCUUCGUAUCUGGAGUCCACCAUCAUAUGCAACUGCUUAGAUCUUACACGAGCUCCCAGUGGUAAACAUGGGAACUCGGCACGUGUCUGCAAGAACAAACUAAAGUGCAACAGCCACUUUACUAUCAUUGUUAUGAUGCGACAUUCUCUUUUUUUUUUCAAAGCUGCUUUUAUUUUGUAUUUUCUUUCUGUUCAUUUGCCAACGAGUCAUUAGCGUUUUGAUUUUUGGUUUAAGUUGUUGAUGUCCUCAUGCUGUGUCUGUCAUUGGAACUCCAGAAGGACUCGAACCAUCACAGGCGUCGCUCGCUCCCGUUGUGUUGGGCUGUUUGUGGUCCUGCCUGCUGCUGCUGUUGCUGCUCAGUUUGGCUGGAAUCUAUAGGGCACUUACUCUUCAUCAUCAUCAUCAUCUUCAUUAGUCUCUGGACAGACUUUAGACUAAUGCUGCCAAAUUUUCUAACAGAUAUCAGCACAGGGUUUUGACAUUAAUAGGACUUUAAUUUGUGUUUUUUUUAGUUGUUUACCAUGAUUAGCCAUAUUUCUUUUCCUGUUUUCUACCCUUUUGUUCAUCCCUUUUUUCCUUUCCAGUCUGGUUUUUGGGUUGGAUCUCAUGUGUCUUCCAGCAUGUUCGGCUGUCGGUCCGGCUGUCUUCACCCGAGUGUUAGUUUGUGCUGAGAGCGCUUACCGACCAUCAUUCAGCUAGUCCGACUUGUUCGUUGUACCUAGUACACACUGCAGAGAACCCCCCCCCACCCAGUUUCACGCUACAUACUAUGCAGGCUGGUAUGUUGUGGCUCACCAACUUUGGAGAUCAUUCGGGGCGGUUUAGGUCACUUUUGUAACUGUACAAAUGUUAAUAGUAACAGAGUCAACAGCACACACACACACAAACACACACACAGGGGCUCCUGGUGUGUACGUUCACUUCGAGGCACUUACUGCUGUCAUCACACAAAACGAGCAAAUACGCGGGUGUGUUUGCGAGGACACCGCCCUCGCAGACGGAGCUUAAAGGGAUCUUAGUGGGAGGUGGGGGUGAGAAAGGAGGCGGCGAUGCCAUGCUCACAGGCACUCCUGUAGUUCAAGGUACAAGACAUCCCAGUUUGUGGCAUUUUGCCUCCAAACAGACCGGAUGUUUUGUACGUUGACUUUCUGUUUUCAUGACAUCUCCUCCGCCUUUCAAACAAUAGAGAUGCUCAGCGUUUUGCCUCAAAGGCGUCGGUCCCCGCCCGAACCGAACUCCGGCGUUGGUGGGGAUUCAUAUUUAGGUGAGGCAAUUUUCAGGAUUUAAAAAAAAUAAAAAUAAAAAAAGAUAUUUGCAACCUUAACGGAUUUUAGAGUACAUGUGGGGAUUAGAACAUGCAUUUACUGCGCGGGUAUUUGUCUGAGGGGGUUCAAUUAUCGCAAUAAAUAAGAGGGAAUGCCUCCAGCUGUUCACUUACAGUGGUUAUUUUAUCAGCAUUUUUAAUUGAUUUUUAUAAAUGCUUGUUGUAAUAUCUAAACGUGGAUUCGGAGCUGUUCUUUCAGCCUCCGUUCAAUAAUUAUUCCAGUUACUGCUAAGAACAUAUCAAAAAGUUUGAAUAACGUGAGGAAAUAUUGUACAACAUAAGGUUUAAAAAGAAACUUGACUAUGCUACUCUUAAUUUAACGCUAAGUAAGAGGUACUUAGGCUUCGUAGUGCAGGACAGACGGGACACAGUACAUUCAAAUCAAACAAUAAGGUUUGACGUUUUCUUAGUCCGGAUGUUUGUAAACUUCAUUUUGAAGGGCGUCAAAGAUUUUCUUGAUGUUACUCUUAUUUAACCAAACCACUACGUUUGUCAGUAUUUCUCAGUAAGAUCUAGUUUCUUUCCCUCCUUCCCCUCUGGUCAGCUUAAAUGCAUUAUAUUCAGGUGUAUUUCACUAUAGCAUUGGAUAUAAAAAACACAUGCAGUAUAUUUAUACAGCGAGUGGUACAGUACGGUACUUCUAGAGGAGCUUGGUUGCAUCAGUGUGGCAGCUACUGUUUGUGCUUUUAAAGGAAUAGUUUUUUUUCUGCAUCUCUACAUAUCCACAUGAGGAGGAGGAGUCCAUGCAAGUGAGCCUGUGGAGUCGCCCCCCCCCAUCCCAUUUUUAGGACUGUUGCCUGAGUUUGCUGAAGGAUGUAGCAGUGAAACCUCUUUUCACGGAGUGAGAAAGCCAGCUUUUUCCUGUCUCGUUUUCGUGCCAUAUUUUGACCAAUUGCUGUUCAGUAAAUGAGUUUCUUCUUCUUCUUCUAAAUAACUGGUAAAGUCCUUGUUAAUGUCUAGUUUCUUGUGGAUCUGUGUUUCUUCCUGUUGCUGUCCUAUUUCUCAUGUGACUGAUGCCGUCUGACUUCUUGUUUUUUUUUUUUUUUUAUCAACACAAAAUGAUGUUUGACUUCUUCCUGUCUUCUCGCCUCCUCAUCCCUUUCUUUGCUCUGACAUCCCAAAAUAAUAAUCUCCCAUUGGUCUUUGAUCCACGUCACCAUGGACGGCGGCAUUGCCGUGGUUUCAGGCUUUGAGCCGACGGGAAUAACUCUUCCUUGCUCAUUAUCGCUCUGAUCGAGGUGUUUCUGGGGGCCAUAAGCUUCUUUUUUACGGAUAAUUUGAGGGCAUUUUCAUGCCGUUUCCUACGCAGAGACGAGGAUUCCUCCAGACUGUCCAACAGUUCUGGUGUGGAUGCUCGGGUCUUCUUCUCCAGGACGGUGUAACCGCCUCCUCGUUUGACUCCAUUCCUUUUCCACUCACUUAUUUCAAUUUGCACUUAAGUGAACGUAAAUAUUCAAAGACAUUCAGUGGGGGGGGUUGGCGUGUCUUAAUUAUGGAUCAUCUUUUCCUGUUCGUCCUCUAAACCUUCCUGUUUCAUUUCAAUCACUUUUAAAGUGAAACCACAAAGAGCCUCUUCUUCUUUUCCUUUUUCUCCUUUUUUUUCGCCUUGCAGUUGCUAAGUCUUAGUUUUUCUUAAUAAAAAAAAACACUACUAUCACAAUGAAUAGUGGGCUCUUAAAUGUCUGAUGUUUUGCUGCAGCCUUUUCAUUUCGAUUUUGUCAGAUAUCUCUUGGUUUGAUUGGACACUAAAUGUGAUGCAAAAAGUGGAAAUUCCUCGUCUUCCAAAAAAAAAAGAAAAAACCCGUGCUCGUGUCCCCGUCGGGCCGACCGAGUAUCCAGAAAAAGCCCGUCUUUGGAAGUUUUCGUUUGGUACACAGUUUGCACAUGCUAUGGUAUUUCUGUUACCGUAAGGUUGUGUUUGAAACUGAAGCCCAGCGUCUGUUCAGCGUUGAGAGAAGUGUAUGUUCGCUAUUCGGUCCAGAGUGAAGGACCUGCAUCAGGCUUGUGAUAUGAAGUGUAAAUUUGUUUUUAAUUUUUUUAAUGUUUCUUUUAUUUUUUUUGUUGUUGUUUUUUUUUCUUCUUUUUUAAAAGAUCAGUUAGUGAUCUUAGUACUAUAACUAAGCCAAGUUUGUAAUUGUAUAUUUACUGUAAAAUGUAGAACAUUAAAUAACUAUUAAAAUUUUCCUAUAAAAGGACA